AUGGGCAUAAUUAUGGGCGUGUUCUUCCCAUGUAUACAAAAUAUCUUUGGUGUAUUAUUCUUCAUUCGUAUGACAUGGAUUGUUGGUACAGCUGGAAUUACCUUCCUGACUGCAAUUUCACUCUCAGCAAUAGCCACAAACGGGGUGGUAUCUGGCGGGGGGCCAUACUAUAUGAUCUCUCGCAAUCUUGGUCCAGAACUUGGCGGUGCUGUUGGAAUUCUUUUCUAUCUCGGUACAACCAUAGCCGCAUCUAUGUACCUCACUGGUGCUGUUGAAAUUUUCUUGGUAAGUUGCUUGGCAAUUUGCCAAUUUCUUCGCGGGUGCUUUUGCACCUGAAA